AUGGCAGAACCAGAACAAAUCCGUUCCUUCGGCCAUGACCCAGCCGUCCACGCCAAAGCCGACGUCCACGUCGAAGAAGUCGUCGUUCAGCGCAUUUCCGAAGAAAACCUGCAGAAGGAAUCCGCCAAAGCCCUGAAGUUCUGGUCCAACACUGGUCUACGAAUCAUCCUCAUCAUGUUUAUCCAGCUGUGCAACCAGAGCGGUUAUGGUGUUGACUGGGCGGUCAUUGGUGGUUUGAAUGCUUUCGAAUCAUGGCAUGACUACUUCGGCUUUGGCACAGCGGGAAGCACCUUCGCGACGCUGAAUGCGCUAAUGCGUAUCGGUACCAUCGCGGGCAGUCCGUUUCUGGCUUUGAGCGAUGUCAUCGGCAGAAGAGGUACUAUGUUUGUUGGCAAUGCGUUGACGAUUCUGGCUGCGUUGUUGCAGGGUCUGGCCACUGGUAUGCCCAUGUUUAUGGCUGGGAGGUUCCUCUUGGGCUUUGGAUCCACCCUUGUCGCGAGUUGCACUCAUAACGCCUCGCAGAUCGCGCCUGUCCACCUGCGUGGACGUCUGGUCGGUAUCAUGGGCGCAACGUUUCACAUUGGCUCCAUCAUCAUGGACGCCGCACUCAUCGGCUUCAGCCAGAUGCCCGGAAACAAAGCGUGGCGUAUUCCGCUUCUCCUCGAAGCCAUCUUCCCUGCCAUUGUCGUCGUCCUGAUCUAUUUCACAAUUCCGGAGUCGCCACGUUACCUCGUGAAGAAAGGCAAGAUCCAAGAGGCGAAGAAAGUGAUUGCCAAGUACCAGACGACCUCCCAGUCAACCGACGAGCCGAUUGUGGGCAUGGUCAUCGCUCAGAUCGAAGAGUCUCUUGAGAGUACGCGCACGGGCUUCAAGCAGAGCUGGAACUUUGCCGUGUUCUUCACGAAAGUCGUCCGCUACCGCCUCUUGGUCUUGAUUCUAUACAGCGCCUUCCAAUCCUGGAACGGCGGCGGCAUCGUCUCGUACUAUCUUACCCCCGCCCUAGAAACUAUCGGCAUCCACGAUGAAAUCCCUCAGCUCGGCAUCAAUCUCGGCCUCGUAAUCACCUACACUGUCUUCACGCUGCUCGGUUCCUGGAUCAUCGACUUCUGGAAGCGCCGCACACUCAUCUUCUCCGGCCUCAUCACCAUCAUUGCCAUGCAGACCUGUGCCAUUAUCACUUCCUGGCGCUAUAACGUGUCUCCCUCUAAGACGACCGCUGGUCUCACCAUCCUCUGGAUGUUCAUGUUUCAGUGCUUCAGCGCGACGUUCAUAGCCACCAUGCACAACCUCUACCCCGUGGAGGUGCUUUCGCUGAAUCUGCGAUCCAAGGGGAUGGGACUUUACGGGCUGAUACAGGGCGCGUGCGGUGUAGUAGAAGCAUAUGGCAUCAGCAUUGGCAUUCAGAAGGUAGGGUACAAGAUCUGGGUGGUGUACAUUGCGUACAACACCAUUCAGCUUGGGCUGUCGUACUUUAUCUUCCCUGAGACUGCGAAUCUCAGCUUGGAGGAGAUUGACAGUAUCUUCGAGACUCCGGGUAUUCAGCCUGUCAAGAUGAGCUUGUAAGUGGCAGAGAUGAACGAACAGAUGUGGAUUUCGCUGACUUUCUCCAGGUUGAUCCAGAAGGGGAAGGAAGAGCAAGCGAAGAUGGAUCGCGAGGCGCGGGAGGGAAAUGAGCAUGGUGUCGUCGAGGAAGUGCCUCGAACGUAGUUGGCGGAUUAGUCUGAACUAGACGACGAAAGUAAGGGGGAUUUGGAGAA